UUUUUUUUUUUCCUUUACUCUUUUUCUUUUUCUUCUCAAUAUUUAGACGCAAGUUUGAAAUCUUGGUGUGGUCAACUUUUAGAUACCUCUUUCUUUUUUUUUCGCUUCAUUUAUUUUUUUUUUUUCUGCUGCGACAUUCUUUAUAUGGAUCAAUUAUCAUUUUCUGUUACUGGUCCACCAUCAAAACAUCAUUGGAAGCCUGAUUCGGAAGCAGCGCAUUGUGAGUAUCAGGGUUGUGCAACAUCGUUUGGAUUAUUUGAACGAAGACAUCACUGUCGACGAUGUGGAGAUAUCUUUUGUACUCAACAUUGCUCAAGUUAUUUUCGAUUGGAUCAAGAUUGUCAGUUUCAUUCUGAAGGAAUUCUUUCUCGUGGAUGUGAUCAUUGUACUACGGAAUAUCUUGCUUGGACAAAGAUGGAAGAAGAACGACAACAACGACGACUACAACAAAAGAAACGACGACCUUCUUCCUUGAGCAAGAAAUCGCCUAAUUCUUCACCAUCAGAACAAUCUUCAACAACCUCACCUACAUUUAGAGCUACUCAGUUACAAAAACAAUCAUCACCAAAGAAACCAUCAUUUGCAAAGCGACAACCUGGUAUAAUAUCACAUCAAGUUCAUACUACGGAAGAGAUAACAGAACCAGGAAAAGAUAAUAUUACCGCCACUGAUGCAUCUUCAUCGAAAAGUAUCGCCAUCAAUAACAACCAAAAAGACAAGAAACUCAAUAAUACAGUUUUCAGUCCAAUACCCUCUGUUCCUGCUGAUUGGCAAUGGUCGACAUUUUAGUAUGAUUAAAUUACUUCGUUAUUAUUAUUAUUGUUGUUGUUGUUGUUGUUGCGUGUAUUUUUUUUUAUUCUAUCCCACGGGAAAGAUCUGGCCAUUUUAGAAUAGAAUUCUGGACCGAUCUCUUUUAUAUUUUCUCCUUUUUUUUAUUAUUAUAUGUACAUACACUUCCUUUUGUAUUCUUCAUCUUUUAGAUUGGAGUCAUUCAAAAUAAAUAAAAAUUGUUUUAUUUUCCCACAAAAAAA